AUGGCCGAUCUGGCGUCGCAUGGCGAGAAACCCAGGAAUUCGGUCGAACCCGAAAGACCAAAUACCUCUGGCUCGUACGGAUCAUCGACUGGCUCGAGCAGCUCUUUUGAAUAUGACCCCCAGGUCCACCGACUGCAAUCGCGAAAUACCGAACUCGACCUCGAACGCCGUCAAACUAGUGCUUCCCGCGCAUUGAGCAGGACAGAGACACAGCGCGCUCAGCAUGCCCUUACCGUUGGUGAGAGUCUUACGUCGAGACCUUCACGGAAGCCUUUACCAGCGUUCGGUGGUGGUAAGCCUUACCCGCCGCCUCUGCCCGCGCGCGAGGACUAUGUUGUAGAAUUCGAUGGGCCCGAUGACCCCCUGUAUCCGUUGAAUUGGCCCGUGAAGAGAAAAGUCAUUAUCAGUGCUAUCCUCGCAUUCACUAGUAUUUGCUCGACUUUUGACUCCGCCAUUUUCAGCGCCUCAUCUAGUCACGUCGCGAACCAUUUUGGUGUCGGCCUUGAAGUCGCCAUUCUAUCUAGUUCUCUCUAUAUCAUCGGUUAUGCCUCCGGUCCCCUCAUCUGGGCGCCUCUCUCCGAACUUCAGGGCCGUCGCCUCCCUAUUGUUAUCGCCAUGUUCGGUUUCGGCAUUUUUAAUAUCGCUGUUGCAGUCGCUAAGGACUUACAAACUCUCAUGAUCUGCCGUUUCUUCUGCGGUAUUUUCGGCAGUUGUCCGCUUGCCGUUGUGGCGGCUGUGUUCUCUGAUAUCUGGGAUAAUCGUAGUCGUGGUACUGCCAUUGCCUGUUUCUCCGGCACUGUCUUCCUGGGCCCACUCCUUGCGCCUUUCAUUGGUGGUUUCAUCAACAUGUCCUAUCUCGGUUGGCGCUGGACUGCCUAUAUACCUGCCUUCAUGGGAUUCGCUGCGUUCCUGUUGAAUGUUUUCGUUCUGCAAGAAUCGUACCCGCCUGUUGUUCUUGUUGCGAAGGCAGCAGAGCUUCGUCGUAGGACAAAGAACUGGGGCAUCCACGCGAAGCAGGAAGAAAUUGAAGUAGAUCUUCGUGAACUGAUUGUCAACAAUUUCUCCCGCCCGCUCAAGCUAUUGUUCAAUGAACCGUUGAUUCUGGCUGUUACACUUUAUCUCAGCUUUAUCUACGGUUUGCUUUACUGCUUCUUGACGGCGUACACUCUGGUCUUCCAGGGAGUUUAUGGCAUGAAUGCUGGCGUUGGGGGUCUUCCCUUGUUUGGUAUGGUCGUUGGUCUAUUCAUUGCUGCGUCAUACAUCAUCAUCUCAAGCAGAUGGUACAACAAGAAACUCGACGCCAAUGGCGGUGUCCCUAUUCCCGAAUGGCGUCUUCCUCCCGUGAUGGUCGGUGGAGCUCUUUUCGCUGCUGGCCUUUUCUGGUUUGGCUGGACCGGCUUCAACGGCUCUAUCCACUGGAUUGUGCCAACAUUGAGUGGUCUUUUCACCGGCUUCGGUCUUUUGAUCAUCUUCAUUCAGUUGUUCAACUAUCUGAUUGAUACAUAUCUCAUGUUCGCUGCCUCGGCUAUUGCCGCAAACACCUUUUGCCGAUCAAUGGUAGCAGCCAGUUUCCCGCUCUUCUCCCGUCAGAUGUUCAACCAUAUGGGCAUUCAGUGGGCUUCUACACUCCUUGGCUGCGUGGCGGCCGUGUUGGUUCCCAUUCCUGUUGGGUUCUACUUCUUUGGCAGGAGGCUGAGAAUGAAGAGCAAGUUUGCGCCUUUCUAUGAAGCUGUUCAGGAAGGACAUUCUGGUGAAGACGAUGCCCGUGCUGAGGAGACUGUUGGUGAGCCACAACAGUCUCAGCACCAGUGA